AGGGGCCAACAUUGAUAAAGAUGACUGAGACCGAGAAUCGACUCAAUACUAUUCCUGAGGAUCAAAAGGGCAGUUUUGCCUCCUUUCUGAAGACCUUAUCAUCCUUUACUGGUGAUUUAUCUAAAUUAACAUGCCCCUCCUUUCUUUUAGAUUCGAAAUCAUUACUUGAAUUAUCCUCUUACUGGGCAGAUCAUCCUGAGAUUAUGGUUGAUGCUCCUAAGGGUUCCACUGAAGAAGAUCGUUUCUAUGGGGCUAUUAAAUGGUUUAUUUCAGCACUAAAUGGCGGCUUCUCUACGCGUGUGCCGAACGGUGGAUGGGAAAAGAAACCUUUUAAUCCUAUUUUGGGUGAGCAAUACUUCUGUACCUGGCAAAAUGGCACGAGAGCCACCUGUGAACAAGUUUGUCAUCAUCCACCAAUUUCCGCUUUCAAAGUCGAGAAUGAGGAAGCGGGUGUAUCUUUUACAGUAAAUGAUGCCCAAAGAACUCGCUUCUCCGGUACACAAUUGUUGGUAGACCAAAUUGGUUAUUGUUUGAUGGAAAUGAAAGGACAUAAUGAGAGAUACCUAUUUUCACUUCCAUCAAUUUCAGUCAAUGGUCUUUGGUACGCAGCACCCUACACGGAGCUUUUUGGUACAUCUUAUGUUCAAUCUUCUACUGGUUUCUUCGCUACCAUUGAAUACUCUACCAAGGGCUGGAUCCAUGGAGACUAUCAUUAUUUCAAGGCGACCAUAAAUCACAGGACCCUUUUGAAGGAUGGCCCUACUAUUAUUAAAGGACAAUGGACCAAAAAAUCAACUAUUACUAAGCACAAGCAGAAAUCAGAAACUUUCCUCGAUCUAAGUAAAUUACAAAGUCCUCCAGUCACAGUUUCACCUAUUUCUGAACAAAGCCCACUCGAAUCACAAAAGGUCUGGGAAAAGGUGUCCAAAGCUCUCAAAGCGGGCGAUUACCAAACUGCUUCUAUCGAAAAGUCCAUUGUAGAAAAUAACCAAAGAGCGCUUCGCAAAGAAAGGGAAGAGAAGGGUGAGGAAUGGAAGCCUGUUUAUUUCGAAGAAACAACGUCUGUUGAAUUAUUUGGUGAGCUUAAGGAUUUGAUAAUUAUCAACAGUAAUAAUAAAUUCAACAACACGUUCGAUGAGAAAGCAUGGAAGGCCAAAGAGGGUAAAAACUAAGUAUUCAUUCGUAACCUAAUCACCCUUUUCCCUUAUCACUGCAUCCUACCCUUAAUCAUACCAUUCACAUACUCCCCUUAUUACCUAUAAUGUGACAAUUGAACAGCUUUUAGUAUAAGGCAAGCCAUAUUACUAGUAUGAUU